CGUGAAUACCAUAUAUCCAUACCUGACUUAAUUCCAUCCCCAUCCUUCACUUUUGCUUCCGUGCUUCCGUGCUUCCAUCUACCCCUAGACUCGGCACGACCCAUCCAUCUCUCAUCCUCUCACCGAUCAUUCUUAAAACCAUCACUAUUACUGCAUACGCAUUCUACAACUUCAAGCUUGAAAUUUCCAUAUCUCAUUAUUAGUAUCUUUUGAAAAGAUCGAUUGGAAGAUGUCGGGAAAGCAGCGUGUUUUCAUAGGGGAUUUCGUGCACUGCAAGACUUUGGAUACCCUGGAGAUCCUAGAGGAUACGGCUAUCUUCGUGGAUGAAGAGGGGGUUAUCGUCGCUAUUGAGCGGGGUUGCGAUUUAAAGAAAGCUGAGGAGAUUAGUAUCCCCCGCCUUGGGUGGGUAAAGGAGGAUGUUAUGGUGCGGGUUGCGAGGAAGGGACAGUUUUUCUUUCCGGGGUUUGUAGGUAGGUACUUAUUUUUCUUCUUGCUCUAUUGUGUUGUGUUGUGUUGUGAGUAGAUUGAGUAAGAGGCUGAUUUUCUGGACUCCGGGAAGAUACACAUAUUCACGCGCCUCAAUACCCCAAUGUGGGCAUCUUUGGGAAAUCGACGCUUUUGGAUUGGUUGACGACGUAUACUUUUCCUAUGGAAAGUAGUCUGAAGGAUCUGGCGAGGGCGAGAUCAGUCUAUACCAGAUGCAUCAAACGGACUCUGUCGCAUGGAACCACGACUGCUGCGUAUUAUGCGACAAUUCAUGUUGCUACCACCAACCUACUUUCCGACCUUUGCCUCGCUAAUGGCCAACGUGCUUUUGUGGGGAGAUGUUGUCUAGAUUCGUUGUCACCCGACUGGUACAUCGAUGAAUCACCCGCUCAAGCAAUCAAGGAUACCAGAGCAACAAUCGAGCAUAUCGCAAACAUAGAUCCUUCGAAUAAACUCAUCACGCCUAUUCUGACCCCGAGAUUCGCCCCGGGUUGCUCAACAGAACUUAUGACUCAACUCGGGGCUUUACAUAAGGAAACCAAUCUCCCAUUCCAAACCCACAUCUCAGAAAACAAAGGAGAACUCGACCUAGUCAAAGAACUCUUCCCCAAUUCCCCAAAUUACACUUCUGUGUACGACUCUCAUGGUCUCCUAACGCCCAAAACCAUCUUGGCGCAUGCAAUCCAUCUCGAUGAAUCAGAGGUAGAUCUCAUUAUCAAACGACAGUCAAAGGUCUCUCAUUGUCCGUGUUCAAACUCCAGUAUCACGUCUGGAACUUGCAAAGUCCGCUGGCUACUGGAGAAGGGCGUUGAGGUAGGCUUGGGUACGGAUGUGAGUGGUGGGUACAGUCCUUCGAUCUUGGAGGCUGCGAGACAGGCGAGUCUGGUUAGUAGACAUAUUGCUAUGAGCGGAGAUGACAAGGCGAAAUUGUCAAUUGAGGAGGUGUUGUAUCUCGCGACGAGGGGAGGGGCGAAUGUUGUGGGGCUUGAGCAGAAGAUUGGGGGGUUUGAGGUGGGUAUGGAAUGGGAUGCUCAGUUGAUCGGUCUGGGACCGAAUUACUGGAGUGAAGAUGAGGGGAAUCCCGAGUGCGUCAAGGCUCUGGAGGGUGUGGAGGAAAGUCCGGUUGAUAUGUUUGGGUGGGAGAAUUGGGAGGAGCGGAUUGCGAAGUGGGUGUUCAAUGGAGAUGAUCGAAAUACUCUUGCUGUUUGGGUUAAAGGCCGUUUGGUUCAUGAGAUUAGGAAGUGAAGACUUCUACUAGGUGCAGUACUUUCUGAUCCCUGGAGGAUGGGAGAGAUCUCGAGACUUGGGUUAAUUGAUGUUUGGAUAGAUUGGUGGCUGGUCAUGGGAAAGACGUUUCUUCUAGCUGGGUUCAAAAUAUUCUUUAGAUGGGUGGAGGUGGGGUUAGAUGUUCAGGAUAACGAAAGACACGAUUUACGGCU